GCAGCUUGACACUGCAGCCACGUGGAAUCAGCAGGACAGCGGCAAGAAAAUGUCUGACAUGGGAACAGAAGAGAUCCAAGACAAGUCUCAACCAGAAGAUGUUGAGACAGUCCCCAUUAUAAGAGAAGUUUCUGAUCUCCCAAGUAAGAGUGACGUCUCCGAUCCUGUUCAGGAGCUGUGUGAUCAAGAACAACUCAACACUGAUGCCAUUGUUGCAGAUGCAGUGAAACCUGAUUAUGAUGAAAGUGAACAAGCUCUUGCUCUAAGAGAGGAAGGGUGUCAUGUUGAAGAGUUUGGAGGAACCAACAGCAGCCUGUUGGAAAAUGAAAACUAUGAAGGGGAUCAUUUCAACAAUCGAACAACUUCAGCCGAUGGUAUUAGAGCAUCUAAUGGAAAACUGACAUGUGAUAUCUGUGGACUGUCAUGUGUUGGGCCAAAUGUCCUCAUGGUACACAAGCGAAGCCACACUGGUGAGCGUCCAUUCCAUUGUAAUCAGUGUGGAGCAUCCUUUACUCAGAAGGGCAAUCUUCUACGCCAUAUAAAACUUCAUACUGGCGAGAAGCCCUUCAAAUGUCACCUUUGCAAUUACGCCUGUCGACGCAGAGAUGCUCUGUCAGGUCACCUGCGUACACAUUCCAUUGAUAAGCCUUACAAGUGUAGCUUCUGUGGACGAAGCUAUAAGCAACGCAGUUCCCUCGAAGAGCACAAGGAUCGUUGUCACAGUUAUCUGGAAAGUGCGGGUCUCUGCACACCAGAGACUGACGAAGUUCGACAGCACAGCCUGAAGGCAGAAAUGGGAUCCGAGAGAGCUCUUGUCCUGGACAGACUCGCUAGCAAUGUUGCCAAACGGAAAAGCUCAAUGCCUCAAAAAUUCAUUGGUGAGAAGCAGUAUUGUCUGGGCUACCCUGACCUGCAGUACAAUUCAACCUCAUCUUAUGACAAGGAGGGUGAAAUGAUGCAGACUCGUUUCAUGGACCAGGCUAUCAACAAUGCAAUCUCGUACUUGGGGGCAGAAUCAUUGCGACCCCUCGUCCAGACAGCCCCUGCUCCCACCUCAGAAAUGGUGUCUGUCAUCAGCAGCCUCUACCCACUGUCUCUCACACGCUCUGAUGCCCCAAAUGGUCACGUGCGAGAAGCAGCCACAGAGAACAGUGGCUCCCAAUUGAAAACAAAGACCUCUGAAAGAGGGGUGUCACCCAGCAACAGUUGCCAGGACUCCACAGACACAGAGAGCAACCACGAGGAGCGACAGAGUCAGGCCUACCUACAGCAUCAGAUGAUUGCACCCCGAGUCAGAAAUGGGGUCCCUACCAUCAAAGAGAGCCCAAAACCAUUUGACAUCAUGAAAACAACAGGGGGAUUGGGCCGCGAGAUGUUUAAGGUGAUUACUAAUGAGGGUGAACAGGUCAGAGUCUUCAAAUGUGACCACUGUCGAGUGCUGUACCUGGAUUAUGUGAUGUUCACUAUACACAUGGGCUGCCAUGGUUUUCGUGACCCUUUUGAAUGUAAUGUGUGUGGGUAUCGCAGCCAGGACAGAUAUGAGUUCUCCUCUCAUAUAGCCAGAGGGGAGCAUCGUUACUGCAGAAAAUGAGCUGCAGAGAUCAGAUUCUAUCCAGGACCAGACAGAACAAAAAAAUUUUAGACCUCAUGCUUUGCUUUCAUACUUAAUGCUGUGUUUCUGUGCCUUUGUGUGCACUCAUCUGAAAUCUAUGCACCUGCGACCAGGUAAAGGGCAUUUUAUUGAGCAUUACGUUGUAGCUGUAAUGAACUCACCAAAUAACAUUUAAGCAACAAUGCUGACUGUGGAGAGACUGUAAAAUAUUAUCCAGACACAAGCUGAUUGGAUCUGAACAGUGUACAAAAUGCCUUCUGAAAGAACAGUGAAGUUAACUAACCAGACCUGUUGAUAUUGUGAGAGAGUCUGGCAAGACAGAGGCAUUAGAUUGAGAUGCCAUCCCAUUGUAAGUCAACUGAAAGACAAUGAGGUCUCACCGUUAAAAUUGUGAGCAGUUCACUUAAUUGAUUCACAAGGUCCUUAAUCAAGAUCUGCCUGUGUCCCUGUAACAGUAUGUAAUUUGUUCUUUCUUGAAACUAGUGUAAUUCUGACCUUGAUGGUGUCAAAAACCUCUCUGCCAUGCCAGUUGCCAUAUAACUCAGUCAUCCCUGAAACAGGUAUGUUUUUCAUAGCUCUGUAAACUCAAUCUUCUGGUUUCUACCAAAUUGUUACAAAUGUGAAUACCAGAGAUUUCUGAUAUUCAGAACUCAGACCUGAUGAGAGCUUCUUCCAGUGUCACCUGCUACUCAAACACUUGCUGCAGAUCAGAGAAGGAUAAUCUCAGAACUACCCUUUAAAAUGAUGAGUGUCAUUGAAAUGCUAAUUGCAAAGAAGAGUGUCAUUCAAUUCUGUCCAAUGUGGAAGGGAAGGACACCUCAGAUGGAGUAAAUGGAUUGUGCACUGGAGUGAAUUCAGGCAUCGUAUCCAGUCAAUCAAUGGAACAAGCGUGCAGAAAAAUAUCAAACCUCAAGCAGCCACUUUAUGAUUGCUUUUCUUGUUGCAUUCUUUUUGCUUAUGUAAAUUGCUUACACCUUUUUAACUCUGUUUUGUAUCUGUAAUAGUGGAGUCUGUAAUAGUGGAACAGAACAAAACAGUAAGCUCACAGGUGCUUGUUGCAAUCAGCACCUUGUCAAGUUUGACUUGUUCCCUUAGUGUUUUGGCUAAACUAGCAUUAGAAUAGCUCCAUGCACUGUGUGUGUAUCCAACAUGGACACUCAUUACUCCUUUCUUUAACAAUAUGAGAAAAUCAUUCAUGUAGGAAAUUCAUGUAAUGGUGUUGUUCAGAAUUUUUAGAAGAUUUAGGAUCUCAACUUCAAUAGGCAUCACUAGAAUCUUAUUCUUUACAUUCUUAGAGCCUCAUUUUAAUUUUUGUGUUUGUUUUAUGAUUUUCAGCAUUAUAACUUUUACAGAUACUGCUGUAAGAUACUAUGUGUAGUAUUUGAGCAGCAUGUCUCAGUGUUGCAGGAAAGAUAAGAGUCUCAGAUCUCAGCGUGUACUGGCAAAGCACUUUUAUUUCCCAUUUCUACACAAGUAAUUAAGAAAUGCAGAAAGUGUUCUGAGUUGCACACAGCCACAGGGUUCAAGAGUCGCAGUCUAAUCAGUGCACAUUAACAAACACUUUCAGCUAAUAACUGUAUCUGAGCAGUGACACUCUGCAGGACGCAGUGUAGCUAGUGUGCCACAUGUGUGGGCUGACAAAAGGCCCUCAGGUUGCAUAUGAACCCAAAUAUUCCUUUUGUUAAUGUAAAAUUCAAUAUAACACUAGGAAUGGCUUCAUCAGUGUUUUGUGGCCUGCUAUUGGGCAAUCUAGCAUGUAUUUACUUUGAUUCUGUUACCAUUCCACUUGGAUUAUUUCUGGUUUUUUCUUUUGCUCUUGCCUUAUCCAUUUAACUUUUACACAGCUAAUCUUGCAUCUCAUUUCAGUGCUGCCAUUACACAGCCUAAACCCUACUGUCAUCCCAGAGAACCCAAGUUAGACUGUGGUGUUUCUGAAUCUGACAAGUUUUGCUGAAUUCAUCCAGUUACAUUGUUAGUGGGGAGUAUACAAGAAUCCUGAAGCUAUUAAUCUUACUUUCACCAACACACUUACAUUAAAAUUGACUGAGGAAACAUGCAAUCAAAACCUGUAAAGAUUAGGAGCUUUAAGUGUUGUAAAUUUUGAAAACACAUUGCUUUAUUCUGUACUAUUGCUCAUGUCAAUUACACAUCCAUCUUAUUUUUUAUACAGACCUAACAGUCUGUGCAAUCAGAGUGCAGUGAUAUAGGUUUCCAAGAGCCUAGCCUGUGUGCUCUGCAAUGUAAAUAUGUCUUACUGAUACAGUUCAUUUAUACAUGUACAUCUCACAAGCAGCAUCAUCCAUUACAGCUUGUUCUACAGCUUCUAUGGUGUCUUCAAACCACUAAUUUUAUUGUAGGCAUUAUUGUCUAUAGAAAAGUAUCAGUACAUCUUUAUAACGAAAAAAAACAAAACUCUGAAGCUGCAUUGCAUUUCUAGUAUCCGAGAAAGGAAAAGUCGAGUUGAUAUUUCAGGAGGAGUGUUCUAAUUAAUAGCUUAAAUUCAAGACUCAAACUUGGCUCUUUAUUUCAGAGGGUGAUGGGCAUGCUGUGUUUAUUUUGUUACUCUGACUUUGAAGGAUUUCUCAACUUUGAGCACACUCUAUUUUAUCUGUGCCACAAAUUGGAGCUUGUCUACAGAGAGCUUCGUUCUCAGAAGUAUUUUUACUGCAGAUUCAAUCCACUCUGUUAUCUUUGAAACUGACUGCUUUUUCAGUGGAGGGAUACCAGAUGUAAAAGGCAAAUAGAGAGAACAGGUAGACAGCCUUCUGUAUGGCCCAGCACUUUGCAGAGAUUGAGGGCAGCUUCCAUUGUCAGGCAGUAAUUGAGACAGCAGGUUGAGCGAUCAUUGACCCAUAUCUGAGCAAGACCCGCGGGAACGGUCUGUGAAAACAGGAAAGCAGAUUCACUGUGCUGUCUGAAAUGACCAGCUGUUGCUGUAUUAACACCCAAAAUAAAUAUACUUCUACUGUGAAUGUAAAUGUGAAACAUUUUUAUAUUUCCUGCUUCAUUAGAUUUUACACUAGAUUGACACCGUAAAAUUAUUUCCAAACAAACAAUUUUUGAUUUUAUACAGUUUGUUUUUUUUAACAAUUUAGCACUGCUUUGUUUUUGAAUAAUGCAAUUCCUCAUACUUGGAACCAAUUAUGUAAAUUUUCAAUAAUUCACUUUCAUUAGAAGUAAAUCAAUUCUAAUAGGUUUUGUUUCUCCGAACAUAAAGGUUCCAAGCGAUGACCUUGGUGUCUGAAGGAGCAGAGAAACAAGAUCAGGUUUCCAUUUUGGCUUGUUAAACUCACUGACAAUGGAAAACCAGUGAAAACCAUGUUUUUUAGAACAUGUGGACUUUGGUAAUGUUUAUCCCAUCACUUAUGACGGAGCUGUUGAGAAAGAGCCUGCCGAGAACAGACAAGAUCCCAAGGGGCCAGCACCAGACCUGCUGGCCUUGUGUCAACUCCAUACUCAAAAUAAGCGACACUCUUUUAUGUGUGACCCAGUCCUGCCCCACAGCCUGUAGAUAGUUGCAUCAGUUAAUAAUUUUCAAAAAAUCUUUACAAAGCAUCGCCUUUAAACAUCGCAAACCCAGUAUGUUGCUGGAUGCAGAGAAACAGCAUUUGAACAUAACUCAUUUAAGGGUGUUGGGUAUGAAUGCAUUCAAUAUAAUAGUUGCAGGAGACCACUUACAGGAGGCUUCUUACACUAUCCGAAUUUAUAAUAUAGCAGCAAGAAACUGCCUCAGUGUUCACCUGGGUGGAAUUAUUCCUGAGAUGUGGGAUUCCGCACAGCUUGAUCCUAUCACAACAUUUAUGGACCCAAGACUCCAAAAUGAAAUUUCAUACUUCUUGCUUGCCAUUCUCCACAUCAUGUCCCAAAACAGAAUGGUGGCCAUGAGCGGUGUUAGGGUUUGAAUUGUCUGAACUUUGUGACUGAACAAAUGGCUCAUAGUCUCACCUUUGUAACCAAAGCAACAGCAUACAUCUCUCUGUUAGAGCCAGACAGAAAAAAUCCAGCCAGUACUCUGUAGAAAUUAUCAAGUAGUUUUUAAUGUUUUUAUGGAGGAGCCAUGACACCGUGGUAAUAUCAUUAAAUUAGUAGUCCAGAAGUCCACGGUGGGGCAAAAUUUGAAAUCCCAACAUCCGGGCUGGUGGAAUUUAAAUUCAAUUAAGUUUUUAAAAUCUAGGAAUGGAAGCUAGUUUCAGUAACCAUGACCAUGAAACUAUCAUCGAUUGUUGGAAAACCCAUCUGGGUCACUGUUUCAGGGAAGGAAAUCUGCCAACCUUACCUGGUCUGACCCUACGCGUGACUCCAGACCCACAGCAAUGUACUUGAUUCUUAACUGACCCCUGAAAUAGACUAGAGAGCUGAUCAGUUCAAGGGCAAGUAGGAACGGGCCAAAAAUACUGCAGCCACAUUCAGCAGCACCUAUAAUCCCCUGAAAGAAUAUAUUAAAGGAAGCUUUAUGUACUGCAGGUCACCCACUCACAAAGGGAUGGAGGAGUCUCAGGACAGCUCUUGUGAACCUGAAAGUGGCAGAGUUUCACUUUAAUGUCAACUAUCAAUAGAGGUUUGGUAUUUUGGAUUGUUCUAUCAGUGGUAACCAUGGCACAGUGUGAGGCACUCUCAACACCCCCCCCCCCCUCCAACCCCCGCAUCUGAAAGUUGUAAGUGCCUUUUCCUAUUCAUAUGCUUGAGCUUAACUAUCAAGGUUGAAACUGAAGUGCAGUACUGAGAUGUGAUGCCAUCUUUCAAAGGAGCCAUUAAACCCAGCAUCCAUCUGCUCAGUUGAACCUAAAAGAUCCCAUGGUUUUAUAUUGAAGUUGCCUGUCCAACAUUGAUCUCUCAAACAAUAUCAAUAAACAAAAUAACAAGUUACGUGCUCUUGAGCACCUUGGUGUUUAUGGGAUUUUGCCACACAUAAAUUGGCUGCUACAAUACCUACUCUUCAAAAAUAGUUCAUUGGCUGUUAAGCACAUUGUCACGUUGAGAUUGUGAAAGGCAUUAUACAAAUGCAAAACUUUCUAUUUUGAAUCAUGUUCUUUUGUA